AUGGCGGCAGCGCGACUAGAGGCGGUGCAGGGGCUGGUGCAGGAGUUGCUGAGGGAGGAGGCGCCGUCCCGCAUCGCCGCCCUCACCGAGGAGCUCUUCCAGGCGGCGGGGAGCGGCUCCCUCGAGAGCGGGAACCCGGCUGGGCCCCCCCCCGCCGGACCCCUCGGGGAAACGGGGGGUCCCGGCGCCCCACAGCACCCGGCUCCCCUCGCCCAGGUUGAAGAGAGCGCAAUAAGCCUGUGGAACUGGACUGUGACCAAACACACGGGUUCUGUUGUCAAUGAUGAGCAAAGAGCUAAACUACGGUUUGUCGCCUGCAGACUGGUGUGCCUUUGUGAGGGCAGUGAUCCUCCGGAGGGAACGAUUCGAAGACAGAUUUUGAUGUCUAUGAAAACUGGGAAAGGAUGGAUAGAUAUUGGAAAAGCUGAUCUUGCUGAUGGAUUUCUAGAGAUUGCCAUGAAUAGUAUAGAAAAACUGUAUGCGAAGUUACUUAAGGGGAGCGAUGGUGAAGCAGAUAUUCACGUGCACAAAGCUGAUGUGGAGAAGAAUCUCUUCAAAGUGCUCUCUUAUCAGGCUGAAUCAGCAGUUGCUCAAGGGGAUUUUCAGAAAGCGGUGAUGUGUGUGCAGCGCUGCAAAGAGAUGUUGAUGAAAUUACCAAAAGAGGCAUGUUACCUGUCAAUCCUCUGUUACAAUUUUGGAGUGGAAACCUAUGAACGGAAGAGGUAUGAACACAGCUCCUUCUGGCUCAGCCAGAGUUAUGACAUCGGGAAGAUGGACACGAAGCAUUCUGUUGGCAAAGAAAUGCAGGCUAAAGUGCUGCGCUUGUUAGCUACAGCCUAUUUCGAGUGGGAUUGCAGUCUGUAUCUUGACAAGGCAUUGAAAGCCAUAAGCUUGGCAAAUCAGGAGAAUUUGCAUCCAGCAGGGUGUUUUUUGAAAAUAAAAAUUCUCCUUAGAAGUGGAGCAUCGGAUGAAGAUAUCAACUCAGCUGUUGCAGAAUUCCUGCACCAUGAGAUGUCUUUAGACUUUUGUUUGAACACUGCCAAACUGCUGCUGGAGCACGGAAGGGAGUCAGUCGGGUUUGAUUUUCUGAAAUCUGUUGCUGAACGAUUUGAAUCUUCACCUGACCUUGGAAAAAUUACCCUGCUCCACAUCGAGUUCCUGCUGCAGAAUAAGAGGGAGCUUCUUGCUAAGCAAAAGGUUGAAGAAAUUAUUAUAGGUCAUUAUACUGGGAAACAGCUGUUGCCUGAAGCCUUGAACCGGCUGCACAUCAUCUUGUGGGACAGAGCUGCCAAACAUUAUGAGGCAAAAAGUUACUCUGAUGCUCUUCACUGGUACAAUUAUUCUGUCAGCUUCUACACACCUGGGCAGAUAGAUCAGAACUUGGCUAAGCUGCAGAGGAACAUGGCUUCUUGCCAUCUUCAUCUGAAACAAAUUGACAAGAAUGAACAACAAGUUGUGGCUAUCAAAGCUUUGGAGUAUUUGUCUGAACAUUUACAAGACUGCCAACAGUUAUUUGCAGCUUUAAAAUGUUUGGUUCGUCUUGUGUUGUCAAAGGUCAUGGCAGAAAAUGAAGAGAAAAGAGAUGAAGAUAUCAACUCAAUGCUGGCUUACUUGACCUUGGCUCACAAGAAACUUGCGGCGUCUUUCACAGAAGAGAAGUUUACAGGGGACAUGAGGAUCCUUGAUGCACACUGGUUUAGAAAAGUUGCUUGGAACUUAGCUGUACAGUUCAGGGACUACCCUGAAAAGAUGAGGGAUUUUUUCCUAUUGUCUUUCAAGUUGUCCCAGUUUUGUCCCUCUGACAAAGCUGUUCUAAUUGCCCAGAAGACAUGCCUGUUAAUGGCAGCUGCAGUUGAUCUGGAAAUGGGGAGACAAGAAGCAACACCUUCUAAACAGACAGAGCUUUUGACUCAGGCCCUUGAACAUCUCCAGGCAUGCAAAGAGAUAUGGAAAGUUCUGAAAUUAACAGGAGAUUUUGCUAAGGACCCAACAGAGACUUUGUUGCUGCUUUAUGAAUUUGAAGCAAGAUCCAAGCUGAAUGAUCCAACACUCCACAAGCUUAUGGAGUCAGUAUGGGAGCAACCACAAAUAGAGGUCAAGACGCUAGAAAUCAUUGCAUCGUUAGCAAUGGAAUCUCCAGCUCGGUAUCCUGUGCUGUGUAAGAAAGCUCUCAAGAGUGCACUAAACCUUCACAGAAAGCAGAGUGUCAUUGAUGCUGAGAAGUUUAGCAAAUGCUUACACAGUUUGAUUAAUCUUUCUUUGCCGACUGGAUUAACGGACUUGGACGCCUGUGUGCUGCGGGAGGUGUGGGGCUACUUUGAAGAUGCUCUGAGCAUAGUCAGCAGCACAGAUGCUUACCCAGAGAUGGAGAUCCUUUGGUUGUUGACAAGAGCCUGGAAUACAGGAAUAUUUCAGUAUACCGUUGGGAAAUACAAGGAAGCUGAGCAGUGGUGUGGAUUAGGAAUGCGUUUCCUCAAUCACUUAGGAUCUCUGAAGAAAAGCUAUGAAGGCCACAUGAUUGGUCUUUAUAGUGAGGUUCUGGACAAAUUGGACAGAGCAAAAGGGUUUCUUCCCAAAGAAGAAUAAUGACAGCCACACUGCAAAAAAAGGGGGACAGGAGCCUCUUUUGGAAAAGUUCUGCUGAAUGAAAGAGGCCGAUAGCUCUGCGAAGGCACGGGGACACGGGAGCAGUGGAAAAGAAACCAGGAUCUUCUUCUUGUUGGCAAUUAAGUUAUGUACUUUUUAGGAAAUGUUUAUUGCAUAGAUGUCAUUGUUUUGCUCUCGGGAAUAUUUUUCAUUCUCUGGAGCUAUAGAACAGAAAUACAUCUCAUGAAAAAGUUAAGUAUUUAUCUGCUGUUGUGUAAGAGUUUGGUUUAAAAAGCUGAUUCUAGUAGUAAGUGGCACUGAGAACAAUAAAAGUAUUCCAA